AGAAAAAAGAAGCGCGCGUGGGGCCAGGGCUUAUCCAACGGAAGGGCCUGAGGAGGAUGGAAACUACAGAGUGGGAGAAGAGGGGACGUGCGCGCAAAGGACACUGGGAAAAUGGGCUCCCGCGAGCCGAGAUCGGGGGCGUGGCUACGGAAACCCAAGAGGUCCCUCAGCCGAACUGGAAGGGCGGGGCGGAGGGAGCGAGACAGCGAAGGCGUUUGGCUCGGGCGCCGCUCGCUUCCUCGCUCUGUCCCUUUAAGAGGCCAUGAGCAGUUUAAUCCGUUGAGCGAGCGAGGCAGUGGGGGUGGCAGGUGCGAGAGAGAAGACAUACAGACAGAAGAGGGCGGGGUUCUCGAUGCGUUCUUCCGGCGUGGGCAAUUCCUCGGCCCCACCCCUUUCGCGAGACAGAUACACUUCCGGUUUGGAGGCAGUCGCGUGGGGGGCGGGGAGGGGACUUUCCAAGCCACUCUGACUGGGCGACGCCGCGGCCGCUUCGCGCGCGAGAAUUUCGAAAGCGCCGUUGCCAUGGCAGUGCACUACCGGAACACCGAGGUCCGUUACGGCCGCGCGGGGCCCUCCGGCACUCCGUGGCCGCCAGAGCGAGGGGAGGUGGCGCGGAACCUCCAGGCGGAGCUGGAGGAGGAGGAGGAAGGCGGCGGCGGCGGCAAAGGAGAGUUGCUGGGCGGCCUCGGGAGAAGUUCCGUGUCCCGGGCUACCCUGGCCCCGCUGCCGGACGGGGCGGCUCGCCGGUGGCCGAGCAGGGCGUUCUCCGUGCUGUGCUGCCUCCUGGCCGUGUCCUUGCUGGCUUUCCUGCUGGCCAUCGCUUGCCUGGUGCUGAGAGAUUUACGAUCUGAAAAAGGAAAGACUGAUGAGAAUAUAGAAACAAGCAUUUUAGGAUUUUGGAGUCUGCUUGUUCUAUCCUUGAUGAGUGGCCUUUCAUGUUGCAGUUUUUCUUGGACAGUGACCUAUUUUGAUUCUUUUGAACCAGGAAUGUUUCCUCCUACUCCACUCUCACCUGCACGAUUCAAGCGAAUGACCGGGCACUCCUUUCACAUGGGCUAUAGUAUGGCUAUACUGAAUGGAAUAGUGGCAGCUCUUGCCCUAGUAUGGUGUCUCCUUUAGUUUGUACUGAGAACUUUCUCAUAGCGAGACAGCUUUCUAGAUGACACUUGAAACUGCCUUCACACAAACAAGCCGUCCAUGUGUUCAAUAUACUUGCCUCAAUCUCUGUUUUAAUAUGCUUUUUCGAAAAUGAUGCCAAAUGUUUUAGGAAGCAGCUGGAGGCAAUUCUAAAACAAACCAACGGGUGGAGACAGAUUAACUAGGAAAGGAGAUGUACACAAAAUGUCCUGCUGCGUGAAAUGAUUGCAGCAUUUUCAAACAGACAUCAUGAGGGAACCACUUCAUGAGAAUUAGCUCAGGAUUGUUGCUGAUAAAAUGCUCAAAAUA